AUGUUCCAUUUGAUUACUGUCCCAUUGAGUAAAGAACAGGACCAUGCAACUAAGACACGAGCAGGUAAUACCGUUCUAUUGAUGAAUAAAGAGCAAAAACAAGCUACAUCUAAAGAAUCUACCUGGGCUAAUGUACUCACAGGCAAUAGAUCUGCAGCCAACGGUAUGACAUUGACCUAUAUUACUCUUGAAAUUGUAGAAGGGAAUUUGGUAGCUAAGCUGGAGAAAUCAGAGAUUGAGCAGGAAAAUUUGAAAUGGAAGAAUGCGUUGAUUGUCUAUGUAUUGGGUGAGAAGCCAGGCUACAAUUCCAUGAAGAGAUACAUCAACCAAGUGUGGAACAUAGUUGCCAUGCCAGAUUUGUUCUAUCAUGAUGAGGGUUAUUAUCUUGUGAGAUUCCAAACAUUGGAAGACAUGAAGGAAAUUAUGUGUGCUGGGCCUUAUACUAUGAAUGGAAGACCAAUGAUAAUGAAGCAUUGGUCACCAUAUUUUGAUUUUGCUGCUGAAUUUUUAACAGAUAUUCCAUUAUGGGUAAAAUUCCCAAAAUUACCCAUGAACUGUUGGAGUGGAAACUCACUGAGCAAAAUAGCAAGCACAAUAGGGAUUCCUAUGUUUGCAGAUGAGUGUACUGCUAAACAAACGCGAAUCUCCUAUGCUAGAAUUUUGAUAGAAGUGAAUGUUACAAAGCCUUUCAGUGAAGUCUUGAAUUUCAGCCUUUGUAACUGUUUUCCCAUAGAUUUUGUCUUGAAUUGUUAA